UGUAAAUCACUGAGGCACAGAAGAGUUAAAUAAUAUAGUUAGAACAUUUUGGGAGCGCCCAACGAAAGUUCAAAAUAGUUUCCUUCUGGCUGGUGUGACCAAACUUCAGAAUGUUCGAUAACAGUGCCAAGUGUGGAUUUUGUCUACACUUACUGAUGGCCGCUGGGUAGAGAGGUCAAGUACUGUUCUGACCAACAAUGGGUGGACAAACAGAAGGGGGUCCAGGUUAUGCACCAUUAGACAGACCACUCAGUUUAUCCCCAGCAGCAGUCAGCAGCUGUGAGAAGGCCUCCAUCAUCAUCUGGGUUCAGCACCUGACAGGGCAGAAUUCACAUCAGGGUGGACAGUGAAUGACUUGACGUCGGGCCAGUGGAAUUUGUGUUUCAUGACAGCUGUGUCUUUGACUCUCUACAAUCCAAAAUGUCAAAUGCAGCUAGAUGUGGAAGGAUCGCACUUGGACGUGUGAGAGCCAAGACAUCUGGCACCAGCAUUCAGAGGCUACAGAGGUACCUUGCCUCAUCCCAGGAGUCUAGCAGGUGCCUGUCCACUUCACCAUGUCUGGGUUGCUACGUCUCCGGAACUGGGGAUGGUGACAAGACCCCAACAUCAGGGAGCACCACAGGGGGUGGGGACAAAGGUGGGGACAAGAAGGGUUCUGGCCAGCUGAGAUGUCCCAAGUGUGGGGAUCCUUGCACACAUGUGGAGACGUUUGUCUCUUCUACCCGGUUCGUCAAGUGUGAGAAGUGUCAUCAUUUCUUUGUGGUGCUCUCAGAAACAGAUUCAAAGAAAAGCUUUAAAGAUAACAAAGAUGAGCGACUUGGUCAGAAACGGAAACCCCCACCUCCACCCAGGAAGAUAUUUGAGUUCCUCGACCGGUUUGUGGUAGGCCAGGAUUAUGCAAAGAAAGUGCUGUCUGUGGCAGUGUACAACCACUACAAGAGGAUCUACCACAACCUCCCGGUGAACACCAGCAACAAGCAGAACACUGAGGUGACUGUGCAUGACCCAACACGAUACCCAAACACAUUUUCCCCAAGAGACAUGUUACACAUUGCUGUGAGCGGCCCUGGAAACCCGCUUGGCCCAAGUCUACAACAGCAACAGCAGCAGCAACAGCAACAAGAGGAGACAGCCCGCCGAUCUGACAUCCUGGAGUCGACGAGUCAUGAGCUGAGGCUGGAGAAGAGCAACAUCCUGAUGCUCGGACCAACCGGGUCAGGGAAAACACUACUAGCCCAGACACUGGCCCGGUGCCUGGAUGUGCCUUUCGCCAUCUGCGACUGUACUACCCUCACCCAGGCCGGCUACGUCGGAGAGGACAUCGAGUCCGUCAUCGCCAAACUGCUGCAAGAUGCCAACUACAACGUUGACAAAGCUCAACAAGGCAUUGUGUUCCUGGAUGAGGUGGACAAGAUUGGCAGUGUCCCUGGGAUCCACCAGCUACGAGAUGUCGGGGGAGAGGGUGUACAGCAGGGCAUGUUGAAGAUGCUGGAAGGGACUGUGGUCAACGUCCCAGAGCGGAAUUCGCGGAAGCUGCGUGGGGAGACAGUGCAGGUGGACACCACCAACAUCCUGUUUGUCGCGUCAGGCGCCUUCAACGGCCUGGACAGAAUCAUCAGCAGGAGGAAAACAGAAAAGUAUUUGGGUUUUGGCGCCAUGUCCAACACCAACCAGGGCCGCCGUGCUGCUACUGUCGCAGACUUCAAGAACCAGGCUGAUGGUGCCACGGCUGUUGCAGAGAAUGAAGAGAAAGAUGUACUGUUACGCCAGGUAGAGGCAAGAGACAUGAUAGAGUUUGGCAUGAUUCCUGAAUUCGUUGGUCGACUCCCGGUGAUCGUGCCCUUCCACAGUCUGUCGGAGGAGAUGUUGGUAGAGAUCCUGACCAAGCCACACAAUGCCCUGGUGCCACAGUACCAGGCUCUCUUCAGCAUGGACAAGGCACACCUUGAUGUGAAGCCUGAGGCUAUGAAGGCUAUAGCUGCCCUGGCCCUCGAGAGGAAGACUGGAGCCCGUGGGCUGCGCUCCAUCAUGGAGUCCAUCCUUCUGGAACCAAUGUUUGAUGUUCCUGGUUCUGACAUUUCAACUGUGAUUCUCACUGAUGAGGUUGUCCGUGGAGAGAAACCAGCCUCGUAUGUGAGAUCCCAGCGCGCCCCGACACCUGACAUCGAAGAGGACAGUGGGUAUGAAGAGGAAGAACUCAAAGUGCAGAACAGUUGAUAACAAGGGAACUGCAUGUAACUGUUAUCAGACAUGAAAUUGAGAUCAGAUUAAUGUCUGCUCCUUGAAAAUCUCAAACAAUCAUAUUAUCUGAAGUUUGUGAGAAAUUCUGGUUCAUUCAACAUCACAUUCUUUAACAUGGGAAGUGGGAACUUUAGAUCAUCUCUUGGGUAUCAGUGAAAAUAAUUCUGUACAUUGUUGUGAAUUUGGCCAAGCUGUAUUAUAUGAAUUCAUGGUAUUUCGGAGCUGUGACACUUGACCUGCUCAAGUGUUCUUGUCGGUCCGGGUCAAGGGUAGAUCUCCUAACUGAGAUAUACAUGUGGUCUGUGAUUCAUCUGUACAACUCAACUCUUUAUAGGGAUAUUAUCUUUCCAUGAUAUUCACAACUGAUUAUCAUUAUAUGUCAAGUGUAUAUUUAAAUAUAAUGGCAUAUCUGAUUAUCCCUGCCAAAAGGUGAAUAGUAUAUAUUAUAGAGGACCUGUCCCCAUAUGAUAGGGCAUUACUGACCGGUCUGUCCGACUCCAACGACGACAUGUUGAACAUAUCUGACACUCAGAAUGAUAUUUAUAUCUAUUGGCACAGUGCAGGGUGUUCUCCAUCUAAAGAAACAGCAUAGUGCAGGGUGUUCUCCAUCUAAAGAAACAGCAUAGUGCAGGGUGUUCUCCAUCUAAAGAAACAUUUUGUUGGUACUCUGACUGCAAAUUUCUGUAAAAUUGUGGAUGCUGAAAAUAUUCACUCAGGAAACACACCGGCGAAGCGCUAACAAACUGAAGCACUACCAUUGCUUCUCCUUAAAAACCUGCCCAUAACUAACAGUCGCUUGUUAAAGUUUAUGUACAAGCCUGAGUCCCAUACAGUGGCUUCCCAUUACUAUAGUUAAUCCAACACAGCAGAUUAUAUGUAGAAAUAGGAAACAAUCUGGUUUUCAUGAACUUCUUUGAGCAGCAUAUAUUGAAGAACCAUUAUGCUUCAUGUGGAGAUGAAGCUUGACGUGAUACUGGCGUGUUCCGGAGUAGCGAAGCGAUGGCAAUCUGUGUACAAUAUAUUUCCUACAUUGAGGAAACAAUAAUGGGACGUUUCAUUUCUUUGCCUAUCUCUGAAAUAGUUUUUCUUUGAUUUUCAUUUUGUACAUGUCUUGUAAUUAAUUGUUUUUUAUAAAUGCUUACAUGAAAGUACAUAUUUCAGAAUUAGUGUGUUCAUAUUCUAAAGUCUGUUUUAAAGAUCAGUAGCAAACUGGUCUCCGUAUUACUGGAAGUAUGAAUGUAAUUUACCUCCUCGCUGCAGUCUGUCUUCAUGAGAAUGUUGUCUUCUAGGGAACAGCAAUAAUAACAUUUUAUUACCUAACUGCCUGCUUUGAUGUGUAGUGAGAGUAAGGACAUUGAUUGAUGGACCCGUUGAAAGAGUCAUCGGUUCCCUCUACUGUGAUGGUCUUGCUAUGUGGUGUGGCCAUGUAUUAUAGUCAUAUAUCCAAAUUAUAUCACUGCCACAAUAUUAUCCUAGCAGUUCCUUAGCAGUUCAUUGCUCACGCACGGAUGUCAGAAUCUUGGAUGCAUUUCAAUACUAUUGUUUUUUCAAAGUCUUCAAAUUGUUGUGAUGAAGUUGACAUAGAUUGAAGAGAGAGCGAGCGAGAAAGCAGCUGUAUGUGCAGGUACCAAGAUGGUUUGUUUGUUCAUUUGAUGAAAUGUUUAUGAAAAGUCUAAUUCCUGUGUGAUCAGCUUUGAGAUUCCUUAGUUUGAUUAUCUCAGAUUGUGUGUGACCAGUGUGGGAGAUUUCACUUGCACUCAUUUAUUGCAUGCUGUAGUAUCUGGGAAGGGGGUAGAACUUGUCACGCUAAACAAAACCUAACAUUAUCCUCUUUUGUUUCUUUGAGUAUCAAGACCUGUAAAGUGGUAUUCCAACUGUUGGAGCACAGUAAGCUGGAUGUCAUGAAAUCUUCAUCUGGUUCACAGAUAACAAUAUUUCUGUGUGGAAAUUUGUUGUUGUUUUGUUUUUGUUUCAAAGAAUGACAAAACAAUCAAAUAUUGAUCUGAAAGUCUGUGAGCAUCAAAGUGAUACAUUCUAUGUGAUACAUUCUAUGUCCCAGUGGUUUACUGGGAUCAGAUGUGUACACGGAUAACUUGGAUGUCAAGACAAGGUGGUAUGACAAUGUCAGGAGAAGGGAGAUGGCAUCAAUUUGGUUAACAUCAGCACCAUUUAUCAUGAUAUAUUAUACAGUUCCCAACAAAAACCUGUACCUUUGUCUCUACUGUACAUGACAGCAGCAGUAUGACAGGUCAGCCAUGUGCAGGGAUGUGUGAUCAGAGGGACUGGAGUCCUCAAACCUCAGGUUGAACACCAGGCUUUACAAUAAACAGAAAUUAAUAUUCUUUAAUGUUAGCCAGUACUGAAUAUAAUACUUUCAGUAUUACCGUGAAUGUCUCUUGUAUCUUGUACUGACAAGCAUACUUCAUGUACUUAACCCAUCAAGUUUACACGUGAGUAUUCUGAUUACAAUACAUACAAAGAAAUCACACAGUUGGUUGAUAUUCUUGUAGGACAGUCUCCCACAUCUCAAUUCAGAACACUGCUACUCUAGGAACAUGUUUACAAUUUUUAAAGAGAUUGAUAGAUCUUGGUUUUGUAAAAUUGGACCCUUGACUCAAAAUGACUUUCCAUUUCUUUCAGUUAUUGUAGUAAAUAACCAACUUUUGAAAUGAACAUUUUAUGCACUUAUAUUUUAAAGUUUUGUUGAUAUAUACAACAGUUUUGUGUUUUAAUAUUGUUUCCGACUUGGUUUAACAAAUGAUUUCUGGAGGGGACAGGGGUAUCCCUUGUGUGAAAGUAUUAUCCAACGUGUUCUGUAGUCUGUGCUAAUCUCUGCACACUUCGACAUGCAUCAACUUACUGUCAUAUUUCCCCUUUCUUUAAUAUUUGUGUUCAUUUAUUAUACUAUCUAGGUCUUACCAAAACGACACAAACUGUUUCAUUCUACAAAUUUAGUUCAACUAUUUAGUUCUAUUAGUUGACUUAAUCUUCAUGUGGUGUAUGACUUUUUAUUUUAUGUAUUACUGGUGUUUGUAAUCAGAGUAGUGUAAUCUAUUUGUAAAUAGUUUAAUGGAAAGUACAUUGAUGAGUGUACACAGCUGUGUGAUGUACAUGCUGUUAAUCUUCUGUACAUAUACAAUGACAGUGCACCACACUGUUUUCAUUAAAAGUUGAAUACUA